AUGGUGCAAUCCUUCGCAGACUCGCCUGUGCGGCCACCAUACAAGGAAAAAUUCGGUGAGCUAGGCCAGAGAGCACAGCAGCUUCGGAACUGGAUGGCCUUGGCCGAGGCCUCGCCAAACAUGAACGAGAAGAAACGCCUGGUGCGAGCGGUCGAGGUCGCCGCGUCUUCACUGUUCCCAUUCCUGCAGCGUUCCCCGCGCAAUCCACAUUCCGACACGCCCUUCGCGGACCUCUUGGAUACCUUCGAGCCGGGAACGAAAGGAAUUGUCCUCCCGACUGGCUCGGGAACCCUCCGAUACGCCUACCACCUAAUCAGCUCUCUGCGGGACGUCAUCUCCUGCACUCUCCCCAUCGAGGUAGCCUAUGCUGGCGACCACGAUCUUUCCCCCGCGGAUCGCGAGCAGCUUCAGUCACGCUUCGGCGACAUCCGGUUUAGUGAUGUCCUGGAUGUAUUCGACGACGACGCGGUCGACCUCCGGAACGGCGGGUGGGCAAUCAAGCCAUUCGCGGCUUUGGCCAGCUCGUUCGAGGAGGUCAUUCUUGUAGACGCCGACGCCGUCUUUCUCCAACCACCCGAGACCCUGCUGAAACAAAAGUCGUACGCCUCAACCGGGGCGUUGCUAUUCCACGAUCGCCUGCUCUGGAAGGGCGCUUUCAAAGAGCGGCACGAGUGGUGGACAUCUCAAGUCACCCAUCCCAGCGCCAUGCUGAACAGGUCGCUCGCCUUUACGCAAGACUACGCGGAGGAAGGCGACUCGGGUGUCGUCGUCAUGGACAAAUCUCGCUUAGAUGUCCUCGUCGGCCUGCUCCACAUCGCCUGGCAAAACUCGAAAGAAGUAAGAAAGACGACUUACGAGAUGGGACACGGCGACAAGGAGUCUUGGUGGUUCGGCUUCGAGCUGACGGGGUCGCAAUACGCUUUUGAGGAGCACUACGCUAGCAUAGUCGGCUGGCUGGAAGAGCCUACGGCGAAAGGCGAGGCGAAUCUCUGCAGUUUCGUGAUUGCCCAUGUCGAUGAACGGGAUAAGCUCCUAUGGUAUAAUGGCAGCCUCCUUAAGAAUAAGAAGGUGGAUAAGAAGACGUUCGGUGUUCCCACGCAUUGGAUGGUUGACGGGACCUGGAUAAAGGGUCCGUCCAGACAGGCAAUGAGCUGCAUGGUGGGAAGGGAACCUGUAGAGCUCUCGGCGGAGGAACAUGCAAUUAUUAGCGAAUCGCCAGAAGAAGCCUGCGCGUGGCCCGUACAACUCGGCAUGGUCGUCAAGACCAACUCCCCUCUCGUCCACAAGGCCGGCGAGGGUGUGAUGGAGUUCCUCCUUGCUAACUAUCCCCUGGACUGCCCCAUCUGUGACCAGGGAGGCGAGUGCAAUCUCCAGGACCAGUCGAUGCGAUAA